CACAUAGUUUCAUGUCCUCCUUUCAACAGAUAGUCUCAUCUUCAACGAGAAACACCACAACACAAACCCUCUCAAAUCCAGUGACCUAGUCGAGUUCUUUGUCUAUGUUCUCACUAAUCCUGGCACAACAAUCCCACUUCAGAUCUUUGAAUUUUGUCACCAUAAUCAUGAUGCAAGCACUCCUCCAAAUCAAAGAUUGGGCGUCAUUUACUCGGAUUCACACACUCCAGCCAUCGGCUAAAUCUCCUCUUUCUCCGCUGUCUCUAACAUCUCAGAUUCUUCCUCCACUUCAAAGAAUCUCCUCCCCCAUGGCCUCGAGAUCCAACAAAACCCUAUAUUUUUCUCUCGAUUGGUUUGAUUUUGUGAUUGGAUUUUGAAGUAUUAAGGGGAAUUUUGUGUCUGGGUUAGCUAAUUUUAUAGGUUUAUUAAAAUUUAUGCAAGAAGGAUUUCUCAGCUGGGUUAUGAGAUUAACCAAACGAGAGGAAGAAAAGUUCCACAAAAUGUUUGCGUUUAUUCCUCACUAACAAUUCAUGAUCCUUUAUCAAGCUUUAAGUUCUUAGUUUUGCCUCUAUAUUGUCUUAAUUUAAGGAUUUUUGUUCUUCGAUGUAGAAGAAUCUCAAUGUUUACUAGGUGGAGGGUGCUGAAGAUUAUCCUCGAAGAUUUGAAUCUUAAUGAGUGACAAUUUCGUUGUUUAUAAGGAGGCUGAGAACUAUGAUUGCUUGCAAGGAAACCCUAGUGGAAAGGAGUUGUGGCGUGUUGGACUUAGGAACCCGGAGUAGUUUUUGUGCCUUUUGUAAAACAAAUGUCUACAGGUGCGUCUGUUUGUGGAAAGGGGUAUGAGGGACGAAGGCCGAUUCAUGGAGAAUCCGGUCAUGUGUGUGGAUGGUUGCCAGCAGAUUCCGAUAGUAGUAGCGCUUCAUUUAGCGUUACUCAAGCCACGAACCCGUUCGUGAAAGUAGAGGUCGAGUCAUCGGUGGAAACGGAUCCGUCCGAAGAUCUCGAAGCCCCGGUUGAAGUUCCAGUUAAACAAGACGAUCAGUCAGUCAAAGUAAACCAAAGAGUACCAAGUGAGAUUGAGAUCAUGUUAGAUGAUCAAGGAAGAAUUGUAGCAGUUCCGAUGGAAGGAUAUGACCAGUACGAUGCUGAAGCUGCCGAUCAGAUUCAGCACAUCUUGCUCGAGUUCAUGGACCUGUCAGCCAUGGACAUUGACCCCGAAGCAGCAGCCUUGUGGGCUGAAUUAAUGGGAGAACCAGCCGGAACAUCGAAUGAAGUUUUGAUGGGGAUGUUCCAAGUGCCAAACUUAGAGGGAAAUGAUCGAGUAGCAGCCCAAGAUGUAGACCCUAUCGAAGAAGAAGCCAUUCCCGAGACGUUGAACGACCAAGUUGCCAACGGAAGCAUUGGAGGAUCGAGUGGAGGCCGAUCCAGCGAAGAGAAGGAAGAGACGUCCGAGUCAUUUGAGUCUCUUACCCCCGAAGAAGAAGAAGAAGUGAAGGGAAUUCUAUAAGUUGUCGCAGCCAGUUCUAGCCACCCGACCUUGAUGACAAUCGAAGUGAGAACCCGACCAUCCGACCGAAGUGAACCAGUAGCCGCCGAGACCCAAGUUGCAUUGCCCGACCUAAAUGUCGAUGCGCUCGAGCAACUAGAAGAAGAACCAAUUCCAAGGUUCGACCCGAUGAUGUCAGAAGCAGAAUUAAGUAAUGAAGCCUCGUUGUACCGCCUAAGGAGAGUUGGAGAAGAUCAGCCCCGAGAUCGUUUGAUGGAGUUGGUCGACCAAAUGGUAGCCGAAGGAGACCAUGUCGAGACAAGAGUCCGACUUGAAGGAGAGCCCAUCCGGAAACGCCCGAGAUUGACUGACGAGAGGGAAUGCCGUGUCCCACGCUUAGUGGAGUCACCGGCGAGAGGAGGACCAAGAACGAGGGCAUCCGCCCGAAAAUCUGUAAGGAACUCUACAUGGAAUCAUCGGACAGGUUUCAUUCCUUGCAGUUCGUGUGGGUCGAUCGGUCAUCGGACCGUAAACUGUUCGAGACUUGAUGCUUUGACUCCGGUGACGCCGUCAUACGUCAUGUGCUUUAACUGCCACGGAUAUGGGCAUUAUUCGUUUACUUGCCCACUUCCAACCGCUAGGGGGCCAACCGCCGAAGCUGGACCAUCGUCGGCUGCAUCCACCUCACCAGUCCAACCCGUUGUCCCACAACCGGAGCAGCCUCUGCUACUUAGGAGCUUAUGCUCUUGUGAAGAGUGCAAAAGUCUCCGCGACUAGUAAGGGAAGGGUAGUAAGUUUUUGUUAGGUUUGGGCUAAGGGUAGCUUUCUUAUCUAUGUCUCGUCGACUAGAUUCUGUAAAUUAGGAGCCUUGUUAGCUUGAACUUGUACAGCGGAUGUACUUGUAAAGCGUUGAAUAUUCUUAUGAUUAUUCGAGCUUUCCUUUCAAGCCUUCUUAGCCAAACCUUUCCUUUAA